AUGGACAGAACCGACCUUCAUUGUGAAGAAAAACAGGAUGAUACGUGCAUCCGCAUGGACAGUGGUCUUACCACCCAGGCAUACCCCUCUUUAAGCUCGACCUUUUGGCAGAAGCCCCAUUCAAGGUUCGUCAUCGUUUUGGUUGGUGCCGAUGAAGUACCUUUCGGCAUCCACAAAGACGUUCUUUGUGCUCGAUCACCAUUUUACGGCGGAGAGUUGGCCACAUUGGACCAGAAUGGACUUGAACUCGUCUGCAAGCUUCCAGAUACCGAUAUUGAGGCAUUUGGCUGCCUUCAAAGCUUCAUUUACACUGGCCAAGUGUAUAGGAUGAAGAGUGGAGAUAGCAUACCUGACUUUUCUGUUCUAUUUCGCGCGUGGAAGCUCGCGAAGACGUUAAAGAUGGCUCAUCUCCAAACUAACCUACUUGAUUGCAUGGCCGUGCGUCAUUAUCAGAUGGCUAGCAUCCCCGGCGUACAGAUUAUAAAAGAGGCCUGGGAAGACACUGAGGAGGGAUGUCCUCUUCGCAUUAAGCUCAUGGAUUGGAUGGCAGAGUAUAUGAGAGACGGUAACGGAGCCGCAAAACUGGCAAAACGCCUCCCCAAUGAGAUUCUCAGUGAACUAUGCAUGCUCAUCGCUCGCCCACCCGCAAAACCUACGCCAGAAAGCUUGGCAGAACUAUUACCCAGAGUAUGA